AUGGACGCUGGUUACAAGAAGAAAGUGAAGCAGUAUCACGAUACACGACAUAAUUCAAAACGGCACAAAUUUCAAAUUGGAAACGAAGUUGUGGUGAAGAGAGAGAAGAAGAGGAAAACUGAGAAUAUAUAUGAACCUUACAUAUAUAUCAUUACCGAUAUCAAGGGAUCCACAGUUUUUGCAAGAAGAAUUAGUGACGGGAAGAUGAUGUGUAGAAACUCAUGCUCCAGAGUUAAACUAUUGAAUGGAAGAAAUGAUAAAGACGAAGAAGAAUAA